AUGACGUCAUCAAUACGCCCGCCGGGCGAACUUUCCAAUAGAGAUUUGUUAGUUGUGCUUCUGUUCUUGUGUCAGACUAUAGUUUGUGACAGCCAGUGCCCGAAGUUUGCGGAGAGGCCGCUUGAGACGAGGGUGCAAGACGCGUCCAUAGUUUUUAGAGCGGUUGUUGUUGAAACACAUUUGCAGCGUAAGACUCUAGAUUUAGCAUUAGUAUCGAUAUUCCGAGGCGGAGUGGAGCUGGCUUCAGUGAGCCAGUAUUCAGGAUCACCUUACAAUACUACAGAUAGGCAGGUCAACCUCAAAAUUAGUUCACAACUUAUCGCCUGCUUCAACUGGAGUAUGGCGCCUCAGAGCGAACUUGUGGUCUUCGCGAGGGUCAGUGACCCAGCUGAAGAUUUAGAGACCACGCCCCCAGACGGCCAAUGGCUAGAAGCCACUGCUGCAGCGGUUCCAUGGAGUCUCGGAGUAGAUAUCGCCAUUUGGAACGCAGUGGGUUGGGCCGGAUGGGGUGAAUGGGGGGUUUGUAGUAAAACUUGUGGAGGGGGGAGACAAACCCGCAGACGUUAUUGCUCCAGAGGUGCAUGCGAGGGCUUCGGUGAGCAGUGGAGAUCUUGUAACUCUUUUGAAUGUGAAGCUCCAAUAUCGUAUGAUAUAGCAUUUGGUAUCAUUCAAAUAUCAGAGUCUUUAACAGGUGCAAUAAACCCACUGUCCCCGGGUGCCCGGCGAAACUUCCAUCCCGCCCAGGCCAGAUGGGGCAGAGUGGUGGACCGACCACACGCUUUCAGCCUGCGGCCCAAUUCCUACAUUUGGAUUGCGUCCUCCGAGCUAUUUUCCGCCGGGAAAGAUUUCCCAAAGGAGUUCACACUAUUCCUCUCUUUGAGGUUACGUCCCGAGAGCGCUGGUUAUGGACAAGGAACGCUAUUCUCAUUGCGAUCAAGGCGUCGUUCAGGAUCAUUCUUAUCCCUGGAGUUAGCAGGACGUGGUGCGGCGAGGCUAGUCCAUGCUGGAGAAGGAUCAAAGAAGACUAUUUAUUUAGCGGUGCCCCUAUAUGACUUCAGGUGGCAUCAUAUUGCUAUAAGCGUCCACGACGAUAACACAGUGAGGGUGUAUGUUGAUUGUCGCUGGCUAAGGACGGACGUUCUCGAGAAGGAUGCCUUGGAGACCCCCAGGGACGCCGAUCUCAUUAUAGGCUAUCUCUUCUCGGGUGAUUUGGAACAAUUAGUGCUGGUGCCAAAAGCUGGACAGGCGUACAAGCAGUGUUCCAGCCAACUUAACGGCAGUAUAACUCCAUAUGUUACUCUAAAUACGUAA